AUGCCGUCAAGGGGAGGGACAGACAUCUUGGCGUCCUUGAAGGGGUUCGACGCGUUCAGCAAGCCCAAGGAUGUGUAUCGCGUGAGGACAUCGCAAGGUGCUCUGAUCAGUCUAGUCGCAGCGCUGUUGAUCGCCCUACUGAUCGGAUCGGAGUUCCGGAGUUAUCGGAGCAUUACGCUGCACGAGUCCUUGAUUGUGGACAAGUCUCGAGGAGAGAAGAUCAACAUUGCGGUCAAUAUGACAUUUCCUCGCGUUCCCUGCUACCUGCUCAGCAUGGAUGUCAUGGACAUUUCCGGCGAACAUCAAAAUGACAUUCAUCACGAUGUGACGAGGACGAGAUUGUCGCCAGAUGGACACAUCGUCGAAACUUCGAAGGGGCUCAAAGGCGAAGCGGCCAGGCUGGCCAGCUUGCAUGGAAAGGACUUUUGCGGCAGCUGCUACGGCGGUACGCCCCCUGCCAGCGGUUGUUGCAACACGUGCGAAGAGGUGAAGGAGUCAUAUGCCCUCAAGGGCUGGAGCUUCACCAAUCCGGAUGGCAUCGACCAGGUGCGUAGAGCGCUCAUGCGCUUCACCCGAAUCAUCCCAGUCGACGCCAGCACCUGCUGGCCCGAGUACUGAUGCUAUGAGCUAGCAUAUGCUGAUCCUGCGACGCCCCCUCUUGUUCUCCAUCAGUGCGUAUCCGAGGGCUGGUCACAAAAGAUAAAGGAGCAGAACAAAGAAGGCUGCAAUGUGGCAGGAGUCAUUCACGUCAAUAAGGUGGUGGGCAACUUCCACUUGAGUCCUGGAAAGGCUUUCCAAAGAAACUCGAUGGCCAUCUACGACCUAGUGCCCUACCUCGCUGGCAACAAGGAAGCGAAUCACCAUGUAAGCUGUCCCCAGAUUCCCCAAGUGUAAGGACCUCUGAGCUCAUGUUGCGCCUUGUUCUCCGCUUUUCACGAAUCGUAGGACUUCGGUCACAUUAUCCACGAGCUCUCCUUCGGUACGCAAGAGGAAUUCAUUGCUACUCAGACUUGGAACAAUGUCAACCCUUUGGCGAAACGGCCAAAGACGGCAAAGCAGAGGUUGGGCAUCGUGGAUCCCUUGCAGGGAGUCAGAGCUCACACUGAGAAGAGUCAAUUCAUGUUUCAAGUGAGUAUCACGCCAAGAUUGGCCGACUCCAUCACAAUCAGUGCGCGCAAGAACACGACGAAUUGAUCAUAGGGACAUCGCCUCUUUUCAGUACUUUCUCAAGGUCGUUCCCACGGAGUAUCAUUUGCUGUCUGGCGAGAGGCUCAAGUCACACCAAUACAGCGUCACCACUUACGAGCGGGAUCUGUCUCCGGGCGCUCAGGCAGCAGCGGCUGCAGGUGUACCAGGCGCCAGCCACACCACGCCUCAUCACGUCACUCAUGGUUUCGCAGGCGUUCCAGGAGUCUACAUCAACUUUGAUCCUUCGGCCCUGCGGAUCAUCCACACAGAGACUAGACCUAGCUUGGCUCACUUCUUGACCUCCACGUGCGCCAUCGUCGGAGGAAUCCUCACGCUUGCUGGGUUGGUCGAUAUGAUCCUGUACAACGCCAGGCUUCGCAUAAAUGAGGGAGUCGAAAGCGGAUCGGGCGGGUUGCCUAGGAGUAGCAGUGGAGGGAAGAUGUUUUGA